GUUUCACCAACAUUUACUAUCAAUGAUUUUGUAAUAGAUGUGAGUGGUCUUUCAAAUGAACAUCAAGCAGCAUUUGAUGUUCAAAUAGCAAUGUCAGCUUAUUGUCGUGUAGUUGAAAAACGUAUUGUUGAUCAGGUCUCUCAACUUUGUUAUUAUUGGUUUAUCACUCGAUGUGCUCUUCUACUCGACUCAAAAUUGAGUUCAGCAUUUACAUCGGCUAUUUUGUUUGAAUGGAUGCGUGAACCAUUCGAUCAACAGCAAAAACGCGAGAAUUUGAAGAAGAGUAUUGAUGCAAUGGAAAGGGCAUUAGUUAUGGGACAAUGUGUGUAA